AUGAUAUCUGGUUCUCUCUCUUCAUUUUAUGUUAUGUACAAAACCAUUCAAAUGAGUUUCUUUCUAACUUUGUUUACAGAUCAGUGUUGUUUCAAGAUGGCCACUUCUACCUCUACCCCAACCCACCCUCCUGUCCGGAUCUCGCUGAUCGCAGGCCGGUACCUCGUCUUUGACAUUGACGCGGUGAUGGUCUUGAGGCGGAGUUUUGGGCUCUGCGGGGUGCUGACAGGCACGAUGCCGCAGAACCCUACGCAGAACUUGUUUCUGAGUAUGCCGGAGGAGCUGAGGGCGGAGGAGGCGAGGUUGGUGGUUGAUAGAGGGGCGGGGUAUGUUGCUGAUGAGGCGGGUGAUCAUUUGAGGCUUCUCAAGGAAAUGAGCUCGGGUGUAGGGGAGAAGAGGAGGGAGGUGUAUUUGAGGGAGCUGAGGGAGAAGAGGGUGGCGGCCAAGAGGCUGUUUGAUGAGGAGAAGGAGGCGGUGAGGAGGAUGCAUGAGGGUAAGAGGGGGAAGGGGAAGAAGAAGGUGCAGAAGGUUGAGGAGGGUGGUGGUGGUGGUGACUCGCUUUUUGAGACGGCGACUGCUGUGCAGCCUGCGCCCAAGGAAGCCCUACCUGCCAUUACGCCUUCGACUAGCAAUGCGAUGCUUGAUCCGGCGGGCACUAGUGGUGCUAUUGCUGAUGAGAACUUGCCUGAGCCGUCUGCUUUUUACAGGGAGCUGAACAAACGAGGCUAUUUCACCACGCCGGGGCUCAGGUUCGGUGGAGGGUAUUCGGUUUAUCCGUCUGAUCCCUUCAAGUUUCAUGCUCAUUAUUUGAGUAGCUGUUAUGGAUGGGAUGAGAAGAUUCCGAUGUUGGAUAUUGUUACUAGUGGACGGCUGGGGACAGCGGUGAAGAAGAGUUUUAUGUUUGGGGCGGAGAGGGAAGAGGAGGAGGGAGGGAAGAAACGUGGGAAGGGGGAGGUGAGGAUGUUUUGUGUUGAGUGGGCGGGCAUGUAG